AUGACAAAGACAGAGCCAAGGGAUACCAGUAGUACUGGAUCAAGUAGCUCGAGGAUUUCUCUUAAUGAGAAGGCAGUUGAGUCCGAAACUGAGGUCAAACACGAGCUGAGUUCUGUUGUUCAUGAGGAAACCAGUCCUGUUAAACGAGUGGAUGCAAAAGCAGAGGUUAUCAAGGAUAGAGGUGUUUACCGAGUGGAAGCACUCAAAAAAGUGCUAUACUCUCACGAAAAAGGUCUUCAAAUGAGAAUCAUUCUUGGUGUUUCUCUUCUUCUUUGUGCUUGGGCAUCGUCCUUGGAUACUUCGGUCACCAUGAGUUUGCAGCCAUGGGCAACCUCUGCAUUUCAACAACAUUCAAUGGGUAUAGGAACGAUAAGUAUUGCCAGCCAGAUUAUUAGUGCUAUAUCAAAACCUGUGUGGGCAAGGACGGCUAAUAUCAUUUCACGCCCUACAACGUAUUUGUUCUCCAUGGCCUUUUACGUUGUUGGCUAUAUCAUUGUUGCUUCCAGUCACACCAUAUCUGCUUAUAUUGUUGGUUCAGCAUUUUCUGCAGCCGGAAGCUCGGGAGUGAAUUUCUUAACGCUGACCAUUGUCGCUGAUUUGACCACAUUGAAGUGGAGAGCUUUAGCCGCUGGUAUGUUGAAUACACCUUUUAUUAUCAACACAUGGUACGCUGGAUAUAUUGUUCUGGACUUAGGACCUUCACGUUGGAGAUGGGGCUACGGAAUGUUCUGUAUUAUCAUGCCAGUGGUUCUUUCUCCUGCUAUUAUCAUUAUGUUUGUCUUUGAGAGUAGAGCCCAAAAGUAUCUCGAAGAAGAAACGGUUACCGAGUACAAGCAAGGUGUGGGUUUUAAGAAGAACUGGAAGAAGCUUAUUUGGAGAGUGUUAGUUGAAGUGGAUGCUCUUGGAUUAAUUCUUCUAGGAUUUGCAUUUGCGUUGCUUUUAUUACCCUUCUCUUUGUACAGAGAAGCCGAAGGUCAAUGGAGAAACCCUAGUAUGAUAGCGAUGCUUUGUGUCGGAGGAGUCUUGAUCAUUCUUUUCAUUAUUUACGAAGUUGUCUUAGCUCCGUUCCCCAUUGUACCCAGAAAGUGUCUUAACAAAACUCUUAUUGCUGCCGUGGUGUCCAGCUUUAUUUCCUUGGUCGGCGGAAUGCUUCCUCUCAUCUACUUAACGUCUUACCUGCUUAUCGUUAAAGAAUGGAGUCUCAAAGACUGGACAUACUUUAACAAUACUUUUACUUUGGCUUCGAGUAUAUUUGGUGUUGUGGCUGGUAUUUGCAUGAAGUUGACCCACAGACAUAAGAUCUACCAAUACUUUUCUAUGCUUGUUGCCACAAUUGGCUAUGGAAUCAUGAUUGAAGGAAACUUGGCAACCACAGACACAGCAAAGUUGGUCAUAUCACAAAUACUUAAUGGUAUGGCUGCAAGUUUUGGUCUAGCCGCAUCGAGUGUUGCAUUACAAGCAUCCAUUCCACAUAGAGAUUUGGCGAUUUCGAUGUCUAUUUUGUCGCUUUUCUCCUCCAUCGGAUCUUCAGUGGGUGCUGCAAUUUCGUCUGCAAUUUGGCAGGGCAAGAUGGUCGACGCUUUAAGGAAGAACAUGCCGCCUUACAUCUCUGACGAAGAUGUUAUGCUGUUCUUCAGCAAUCUUGGGGCUUUGAAAAUGUUUGAACCUUCUACUGAAAUCAGACAGGGAGCCAUUAUGGCAUACAGAGAGGUAUUUUUCUACUUCUACCCCAUAGCGCUUGGUCUCCAAGUGGUUAAUUUCGUCGCUGUGACUCUCCAAAGAAACUACUACCUUGGAGACUCCCACAAUGCCGUGGAAGACGAAGAUGGAAAUUCAAUUCCUGCUGAAGAGCAGAUUAUCGACAAAACAUCAACAAAGAGAAAAAUCAACUGGAAACACAUGUUGAUGGGAAUUGAAGACUGGCCGGAGGAGCCAAGCAGACCUUCGGGCAAUAAAUAA